GCGCGGCCUCAAUGCGGAGCGACCGCGGGAAAAUUCCAAAAAGGUCAAAACAAAAUAAAAAGGCAGUACGAGGCGAAGCCAAAUUUUCAAGCCGCAGAACCCGGGCGGCGGUUCCCUUUCGGCCACUGCCCAAACUGCCGAAGCAGCUUCGGCGCGGACCACCCGCUUCAGAGAAGAUGUGAUAGAAUGAAAUGAAUGUAUGGAGAGAAGUAUGGGAAAACUCUUACAGUUAUCGAUUUAAUGAAGGAUCUCAUUAAGGAUACAAGCCAACAGCCAGAUGAAGAGAUACACAGGUCAAGGUCCUGAAUAAAGGGGCAUCCGUCUUUGUGGAGCUUGGAGCCUGGCUCAGAGGCAUGUGGAAGCAUCUGGUUCCCCAAGUAUAGAAGCUUUCUGAACAGCCGUUUUAGAGUGGCUAAAAGAGCCAUGUUUUGAAGACACUGAAGAACUGCAAAGGAACUCAGGACUCAAGGGUUAUGAACCUGAGUGAAGAAAGCUCAGAGCACUGAGCAGACACUCCACAGCUACUCUUCACUCUGAGGCAUUUGCCAUUUCUUGAGAAGCUGGGGGAGACCAAGACCCUGAGCUACAAAAGGUCAGAGAGAUUGACGUGCGCCCAGUUUCCUUCAGUGUUUGGCAGGCCUCUGGGAAGGUACAGCAUCUUUGUUCUUUCUUGGAGAUGGCUCAAGAUGCGGUCAGCCUUUCUUCUGACUACCAGUUUUGGAUGUGGAAACUCUCAGUGUGGGACCAGGCCUCCACACUGGAAGCCCAGCAGGACACCUGCCUCCAUCUGCCUAGGUUCCAAGAGUUCCUGAGGCAGAUGUAUGAAGCCUUGAAAGAGAUGGAUUCACAUACUAUCAUGGAAAGAUUCCCCACAGUUGGUCAACUGUUGGCAAAAACCUGCUGGAAUCCUUUUAUCUUGGCAUAUGAUGAAAGCCAGCAAAUUCUCACGUGGUGCCUUUGUUGUCUGAUGAGUAAAGAGCCACAGGAUUCCGGAGAACCAAGACUUAACUCCUGGACGCGGGGGUUGUUAUGUCACAUACUGACAGCCUGCAGAGUUGAUAUGAAAGAAGCUGGUCUUUUUGCUCAAGAUCUUGGGUUUGCACCUGCAGAUUACUAUCCUGGUUUGCUUAAAAAUAUGGUUUUAUCAUUAGUGUCUGAACUCAGAGAGAAUCAUCUUAAUGGAUAUAACACUCAAAGGCGAAUGGCCCCUGAGCAGGUGAGGUCCCUGUCACGAGUUUGUAUACCACUGGUGACCCUGCCGGAUUUCGAACCCCUGGUGGCGGCUCUGCUCACCUACCAUGGACAUGAACCUCGGGAAGUGCUCUGGCCUGAGUUCUUUGACGCUGUGAACGAGGCCUUUUUGUUGAAGAAGAUUUCUCUGCCCACAUCAGCUGUUGUCUGCCUCUGGCUCCGGCACCUUCCCAGCCUCGAGAAGGCAGUGCUGCACCUUUUUGAAAAGCUGAUCUCCAAUGAGAGAAAUUUUCUGAGGAGGAUGGAAUGCCUGGUGAAAGAGUCACUGCUGCCUGCAGCAGCCUGUCACCCUGCCAUAUUCAGAGUCAUCGAUGAGAUGUUCAGGUGUGUACUCCUGGACACUGACGGCGCCCCGGACAUGCUCGCUGCCAUCCAGGUGUUUACACGGUGCUUUGUGGACGCUCUGGAAAGAGAAAACAAGCAGGUGAAGUUUGCCCUCAAGACCUACUUCCCUUACGCUCCUCCAUCUCUCAUCACGGUGCUGCUCCAACGUCCAAAAGACAUCCCACGAGGGCUGUGGCACCGGCCCCUGGAACGUAUUUCUGGAAUGCUCAGAGAGAUAGCUGAGGACCAGACUCACGGGUCCUGUGGAGGCCCCUUUGAAUGCUGGUUUUUGUUCACUCACUUUGGAGAAUGGGCUGAAAUCACGGCUGAGCAGUUACUGAUGUCAGAAGCUGGACCCCCUGAGGCCCUGCUGUGGCUCUUGGUGUUCAGCUACAGCCCACCCGACCGGAGUCAGCAGAGAGCGCAGACCAUGGUGGAGGUGAAGGCAGUGCUGGGCCGCCUCACGACACUGCUCAGAAGUCCAACCUUCUCGGCCAGGGAUGUGCAGGCAGCAGCUGGAGCACAGGGAGCCACGGCCACCAGGCCACCCGCAUGUCAGCGGCUCAUCAGGCAUCUCCUCCUCAACUUCCUGCUCUGGGCUCCCGGGGGCCACGCAGUCGCCCGCGAAGUCAUUACCCUGAUGGCUCCAACUGAGGAGAUAACACACGAAAUCGCUGGCUUUCUUGACCAAACUGUAUGCAGGUGGGACCGUGUUUGUAUGGAAGCCCCACAGCCAAGACAGCUGGCCACGGAGCUCCUGAGAGAGCUGCACUCACAGGGCCACCUCAGGCCUGUGGAAAUGCAGCCACCAUGGGGGGCGCAGGCUUGCUGAGGCCAUGAGACUAAAGCCCAGCACGGAUGCUGUGGUGCUGGGCCACCCCUCGGCAGCAGGCACAUGGGCCAGCCCUCCUGUGGGAGAGCAUUGCCCGGCAAGGUGCCCGGUUCCUGUGCUGACUCAGUUUCUUCAAAUUUGCUCCACUCUGACUGCGCCUGAGGAGCUCCUCUGCCCCUGGGGACGGCUGACGGGGUGGAGGACCUACAUGUCCUGGAGAUGUUCGAAGAGGUUAUGUGUCAGCUAUCUUGUUAACUGACAUGGGACCUGGGAACUUCUAAUAAAGAAAUGGUUACCCCGAGGUUAGUAUUUCACAUCAGUUGUUUUAGGUUUAUUCUUGUACUGAUUAUGUGCCCUUUCUGUGGUCUGUCAGUGAAAACCUUCAUGUCCGUGUUGAUUUAUGUAUGAUUAGUCUCUGAUGCCCUCAGUCUUGAUUCCUGUUUGCGGGAUGAGUAAAGCCUGUUGGAUCAGAGGCUGAGAUAUUAGGGGAACUGGGAUAUGGAUCUGCCUGCAGAUCUGGAAAAUUCCAGGAACUUCUGACCUGCACCUUCCUUCUGAACAAGGUUACAAUAUGAACGGCACAGUAUUAAAACACUGUCAACUGCUAGCACAUAAAAGUGCUUCAUGAAAAUGUACUGUAGUUGAAAACAGUUGAGGGCAUUUCAUGAUGUUGCAGAAGCUGGGACCAACCUCUUUGGAUAGGAGGGGCCCUGUCUGGCAGCACUGAGCCCCGGCAGCAGCUGCCUCGGAUGGUGCGUCCACAGACAGUGCCAACCACGGAAACGAUGGCGACCCACUCAGGCUGUUGACACUCUGUCUCUGGAAGAUCCCUCCCUGUCCUGACCUUUCUGCAGCCCAUCUGUGGUCUCCCUAGUCCUCCCAGGCUGUGGAUGCCUGGUCAGCACUGACCAGGCCCUCUGGUCAGCAGAACUCUCCUCCCUCCCAGUGAGUUCCAGCUGCCCGAGGGGCAUUUCUGCCCAUGACAUGAACCUUACUGUCCACGAAGACUGUGGGGCAGCAGGCUUGUUUACUGGC